CAGAUUAGAUAGGAGAUGCAUGUUGCCAACCAAUGACCAUCCUGCCGGCUCAUUUAUGUUCACGGGAUAAAUAUUUUAUUUGCCAAAUAUUCUUCCAUGUUGUGUCGUUCAGAGUCGUAGUUUAGUAUCUGGCUACACAGUGUUAAUAUGUACUUACAUGUGCAUACAUACUCUUUUCCGUCUCUGUGAUUGAAUCUGAUCCAAGAAGUUUACAUGAUCGACAAGAUAACAUUUCUAAAAUUCCAAAAUAGUAAUUCUUUUCGUAAUUAAUUAAAUAAAUUAACUAAAUACGCCCACUUCUGUAGUCAAGUAAGAGAGUCGGAGAGAGAGCAACCUCACACCACCACGUCUCGCACACGCCUCAAGAAGUUUACAUAUAUAAAUUGUGAAGACUAAUCAAAUCAGAGUCUUGUCUCGACCAACCUUUUAUGAGAUUGGGCUACUACAUUGGAAAUAAAGGGGCAUCAUGCACUUAUACAUAGUACGAAAAAUGCUUUCCAUAUUCCUCAGUUAUUAUCUGCAAAAUCAACUACCUUCCCCUCCCUUGGAGAGAAAUCAAACCUUUAACGAAUCCCUGGAACUGGACACUUGCGCUAAUCCAAUCCCUGGCAUUUCCCGUAUUCUGUUGGGUGUUGAUGUCACAAAACUGGAUUUACGACAUGACUAUUCCGUCGAUCACGUCGAUGGCUUCACGACUAAGUUAUUGGACAUAACUUGCAAGGAAGGUGGCACAUGGACGAGCCCCUUCUCCGGGGUGAAGUACGACGUUCCCGACCAAGUCUUGCAAGUAGUGGCGCUUCCUUCCGGCCUCGUCGCGAGUGACACGCUACUCCACACAAACAUGGAGUCUGUCCGUCACUCAAUGAGUGAGGAGGCAGGGAUAAGUUCGGUAAAAGAAGGUUUGUUCUCGGCUAGUUUAAGUUUCAAAAAUUCCCAGACAAGUUUAUUCAAUUCUUCGCGGUUUGUCGCAACUAUGAAGGCCUUCGUUUCCACGGCGGGAAUUGAUUUUAUUCCUCCCACUGAUUUGGGGACUUCUUUAAACAAGUAUUUUGUCGACGCGCUGCAAGCCCUUCCUGUCACGUAUGAGGAACAUCCGGAAGCUUAUGAUUCCUUCAUCUCCACUUAUGGGACACAUUACUACGCUUCCGGCUACUUUGGCGGCAGCUUAUCAACUUAUUUUGAAGUUGAUAAGUCCUUUCGCCGAUUAACAUCGGACAAUGAAGUCAAGGCGAAUGCAGAGGCUACCUUUUUCGGAAUCCUGAAAACUCACGGAGCCUAUGAUGGAAACGUUUCCACAAUUAGUGAAGAGUUUAAAAGGGCGUCGCACAAUUCACAGCGGUAUUAUGGCGGGGUGGCGAAUUUAUUUGAAAAGGACGGCUACACGAAAUGGUGGCCGACGGUGGAAGGGAACUCUUGGCUGUAUGGGGGUGUCCUAAAACCGGUGUCGGAACUAGUUCCAAUCGGUAAGCAGAGAGAGGCCUUAUCUAAAGCUGUAAACGUAUAUAUUUCAAAAGCCUACCUGAGGGAAGUCAAGCGUACGGGGGACUCUUUCAUGGGUCGCGGUCUAGUUGGGGAGGAGGUAGUGGCGGGUUAUUUAAAUCGGGUUGAAGCGUUGCUGGAAUCCGUAAACUUUACGGAUGCCGAGGUUUUGCAGGUAGGACGAGAAAUCUCGGAUUAUGUACUAACCCCAGAGUGGUUCACUAAUGUGGUGUACACUGUAAUUUGGACCGAUCCGGCGAAAGGGUUUACCCUGGUUCAUUCCGCUAAAAUGCUUUCCGCCACGCCCAUUUUUGACAUGUGCGAUGGUGAACGAAUUGAGAUGGAUUGUUAUCGCAAGGAUGACAUCAGUUUCACAAGUCCACCCGGGUCGCCAUCCUGGUGGGCUUCAGUGAGCGUGUCGAAUAAUUAUGGGGUUCAGGGGUGGACAAAUUCUUGGGUUUUUAAUAUCCCCGCCAACUCCGGGUUGGUUGAGCAAUGUGAAGUUUUGCUUCUUUCGGGAUGGGGUUGCACUUUGCGCGGGGGAUAAUCAGUGGACCCCUUGGCCGUAUGGGGCCGGAUUUCAUAAUCAUAUGUCUGGUGGUAUUAGCUUCGUGGGGAUCGACUUUACAUAAUUGAAUAGGUCAAAACCUGAUUAAAUUUCUAAAAUUCUGCAACAUCUUAAUAUUUAAAAGCUAAAAAUGUGUAUGUACGCAGAAUAAUACUUAAUAAACUUUGAUUUAUGUACUGCAUAUAAAAUUUCCUUAAAAAGCUUUCUACAUGUGUAUUUCUGCAUGUUGUAUUUUUUGUAAACGUUUCAAGAAAUAAUUUAACUCUGGACUGUGCCUAAUUUUGUUUCUCAAAAAUAAAUAAAUUAUAACUUUCGAAUA